AUGGCAUUGAGCUGGCUGCAAAAUUCGAACGAUUCGCCUCUCAUUAUGCAAAAUUUUUACAACACUUCCUUAAAGUUACUUCGCCUACUGCCGUUUCUUGUGCCCACGCAAUCUUACCCAACUUGUCUCGAUUUUGCGGUCUCUGGUAGCUUCUUCGCUGUAUCCGCGACUAUCGUUCUCCCGUCGCUCCGCGUUCAAAUACCACAGGGUGGAUACGCGCCAUGGGUAUCCACUUUGAGGUAUUUGCACGGCGGUAUACAUCGCUCUGUUGAGUUACCUAUGCACUGUCGGACUUCCAACACUGGAAGCGGUGAAGCACCGCAUGCCAACCAAUUCAGCGAGAAGAUGCCAGACUGUUGGCUACCCUUCAUCGAAGGUCUUGUGCCCGGCUUAUCGGUGCUAGGUGGAGAUGCAAAUGUGCCUGAAGGCGAAACGGCAUUGAUUAUAUGGUCUCCAAUUUCUCAGGCGCACCGUUCGCAAAUGCCAAAACCUAUCAACAUGCCCUGUCGAGACGAGCACCCUACUCGCGAGAAUAACAAUUGGCGACAAGGUCAGAAUCGACUUCGCCUUCGCGAAAUAACCCAGCGAUGGCCCAGCUAUAUCCAGAAGGUCCAGAGAGCCAGGUUCCUGCGACUGUGUCUUAAGAACAGGAUGCGUGUCAAUAAAUGGAAAGAUAGACAGUGCAGGGCAUUGAAAGCGGAGCUCGGUGAGCUCAUCAGGAGGUUCACUGCAGACCACUCCUCCGUCACACCUCAAGAUUGGGACACUGCCGUCGGAGGGGAGAUCUGGAAGGUGGAAUGGCUGUACCGCAGAAAAAGCCCACACUACCCAAACACACGAGCAACAUGGCCGCCCGAAAUUUCCUAUCUGAACCUCAUCGCCUGGGCCAGCUACGAGACACCAGAGCAGGCACGAACACGAGAGCGAGAGCAAGAGCGGCGGAAGAACGCACAAGCAAAUGAGAGGCUGGUAGCGACAGUGCAAUGGCGCGACUUUCUCAAUAGACUCUACCGCGUUCAAAAACUGCUACACCACUUACAAAUUCUGGACGCAGUUUAUGCAGAUACACGGAGCAACAUUCCUGCCGCCCAUGUUGCUCGCACCUCCAUGAUGCGACAAGUGAGUCAGGUAGACACCUUCUACCGACAGCUGAUGACAAUGCCGUCCCCUCAUCCCGUAUACUGGGAUAAAGAUGACAUAUGGCGGUGGAACGAAGUGCAGAAGCAGCAAGAGCUUGCCAGACGGUAUCUGGUGCUCCGUACACUCUGUGCACGAAGCCGCAUUGAUCCCUUCUCGGUCAGAAUGUCAGAGUGGGUGGAUGCGACUGAGGGCACGACCGCUGGGCGGAUGUUUCCUGGGGCUAGGGUCCGGAUUGCGUUUUCCAAGCACAUGAAAGAGAUCUUGGAGCGGAACCCGAAUAUCUCACUGGCGGAGAUGGUGGAGUCGUGGGAUGUGGUCGUGGCAGAGAAGGGAGAAGAAUGGGUGUAUUGGUAG